UGAAUACAUGAAAUAUGUUUUUUGAUUAUUUUAUAAACAUUUUUAUUCAUUACGAAAACAUCUUGAUUUAUCAAAUAUGUUUUAGAAUGAAAGCUAAAUUAAGCCAACAAUACUAAGGAAAAUUUCUUAAAGCAAAUUAAUUCAUUUGCACAAAAAAUUAAAAAGUAUUUUAUUUUAAAGAAAGUAAUUUUUGUUGUGUUUUGGUAAAUAUAUUUAAAAAAAAGAUUUAAAAUAUACCAAUUGGAAGAUCGAAGAUAAGACGUAGCCAAUAAAUUGAUAAUUAAGGCUAAAAUACAGUAUUUACAAUAUAUAGUCGCUCUAAAUUAGACUCAUUUUAACCGCUGCUGCCCUCUAUCGGUCGAUGUCGGUAUCGGUCGAGCCAGUCCCUUCUUGAAAAAAAUAAGUGGCACGUGACCAAUUAUUGCAUCGUUUAUGUGCACAUAUUUUUUUUAUUUGUUAUUUUAAGGAAACUGCGGUCACCUUAAGAAAAUGUAAGCUGUUGUUUGACGCUGAAAAGGUGCGUAGUGACGCAGGAAAUCUCGGCCAAUGGUUUAUUCGAAGAGCACAUAAAUACAUAACGGGGGAGCAGCGUGUUUCUUUCUCUUUCAAAGGAAGCGGUGUGAAAUAAUUGCUCUAAAGAAAGACGGAAACGUCCAACAGCUGCAGCUGUUUCACCCCCGACGACGGAACAGAUAAAAGACUCAAAGAUGGCGGAUAGCUCAGACUUCAAACAGGCUGGAGAGGACUCUCAGGCGCGCUUCCAGACCUACCUGAUUGGAGGAACGUCCAGCUUGCUGUCCACCCUUCCGACCAUCGUCGUCUUCCCCAUCUACAAGACUAUUUUUCGCCAACAGAUCCACAACAGCCCGGUCCAGCAAGCGGUGGGACAACUCCGAAAGGAAGGGUUGGUGAAGCUUUACCGGGGCGUGGCUCCGCCGCUGGUGAUGAGGACCCUGAACGGCACGCUGCUGUUCGGCUUCCAGGACACCCUCCUUCGUCAGCUCUCACUGCGAUCCCGGGAUGCCCUCCCUGCUGCAGCCCUGCCUGCUCUGGCUGGGUUCGGAGCCGGUCUGGUGGAAGCGGUGGUCUUCACCCCCUUUGAACGUGUUCAAAAUGUUUUACAGAACAGCCUGAAUGAUCGCCAUCUACCUACUUUGAGAAGUGUGCUGUUGCAGUUGAGAGCCCAGAGGUUGGCCUUAGGUUACUACAGAGCCUUGCUGCCAAUCACAGCACGCAACACCCUAGGCAGCUCCCUGUACUUUGGCCUGAAGGGGCCCAUGCGUGCCUUUGUGGCCGAGCAGGGGCUCUCCCCUCUUGCCUCCUCCUUCGUCUCCGGAACGCUGACCUCGAUGGCGAUCAGCCUGGCUUUGUACCCACUGUCGGUGCUGGUGGCGAACAUGCAGGCGCAGGUUGGGGGCGAGCCAAAGGGGGUCAUGGCCUGUUGGAGAGCACUGUGGAGAGCUCGCCAUCAGAGCGUGGCUCUUUUGUACAGAGGGGGAUCCCUUGUUAUUCUGAGGUCUUGCAUCACAUGGGGAAUCACCACGGCUGUUUAUGACCUGCAGGUCAAACGACUGUCGUGAGCAGUUCGACUUUUAAAAUAUGGCCAUUUAAUCUAGAAAAACCAAGUAAAAUAUUUCAAAAUUAUUACUUUUGCGGCUUUAUAUUUAAGAACCAUUUUAAAUAACCCCACUUUUUACAGGAAUUACUUGAAAUGGGAAUUUUAUUUAAAAAAAAUGUUUGUAACUCCAUUUAGCAGCCUUGACAAUCGAGUCAGUUUGCUAAAAAAAAAAACAGCUUUGAUUGUAUUCAUUUUUUGCAUUAUUUUUUAAAAUGUACACUUUAAUAUUUUGUAAUAUUUGGUCACUAAGUGUUUACAUUCAGCCUGUUAUUGUGUUAUCAGCAAUAAUUUGGCUUCAGACAGUUUACGUGCCUUAGCCAAAGCACUGUGGCACUGAGGAAGCUUUUAGUGUCAUUUGUAAUCCUGUUUUACGUGAACACUGCCAGAACUAUUGAAAAGAGACAUGACAUGCUGGCCAAACACUUGUCUUCAUUUGUGCCUUUAUGUUUUUUUUUUUUUAUAAGAGAAAAGUUUACUUAUCUUACUUAAAAUGUAAGAGAAACAACUCAAGAUCUUUGUGUUUUUAUGUGUAUUUUUAGUUUUGAAAAUAUUAGACAUAAAGAAAAUAAAAUGUGGUGAAAGGUUAUUUUUAUGUUACUCUGAAGGCAUCUGAUUCUAAAAGUCUUUUAAUUUUAAAUAGUAGUCUACUAAGUUUAACCAACACAGAAGAAAAUUGUUUGAAAUGCUUUUCAAAAAAGAUACAAAUUAUUUUGAUGAUUUAUGAUCUUGUUAAUUUUGUUUAAUCUAACUUUUAUCAGCUUACCUGAGUAUCUCUGCUGACCAUGUCCACCCUUUUAUGAGGCGUCCAAUCCGGUUAAUUGAGUGGCUGUUAAGUGUACAUUAUAAUCUUUUAUUACUUCAACACCAACAAAUUUUGUUGUAAAUCAUAUUUCCUGACUGAGUUAUUUUAUUUAAAUUAUAGUCUGUCUCUCUUUUUUUUAUUGGGCCAUUUUGUUCUUUUCCAGUGAGUUUGAACUGUUUACUUUGUUUAUAUUUAAAUCUAUGUUAAUCCAUGUUCGUGUAACCUUUUUUUAGAUGCAAGUUUAACCUGGGAGCUAAAAUGAACACGUUUGUAUAUGGAAAACGCAUGUCCACAGCCAAAUGAGGUCCUUAAUGAUGGGAUUAAACUGUGAGCCUGACAUUUUUUGGCUCAACUUCAGGGUGGUUCUUGGUAGAACUGUGCAGGUGGGGACACACAUUCUCUUUUUGGGGGGGGAUUUCUUAUCAAACCUUGAUUUGUUGUGAAAAUAUGUCCUGAAUGUGAGUUUGUCCUCUAAUAAAAGUACCUGAUAUUUCUCAUUAAUCCACUAGAUGGCACUGUCCUACAGCAUCAAACAUCUCCCUCCUCUCCAGACAUAAUCUGAGUUAAAACUGCAGAUUAUCUGAGCAGUGAAUGUGCAACAACGGAGUUAGAGAUGAUAUGACAGAUUAUUGCAACAAAGACGACUGUUUGCAGGCAGAUUGCGGUUGUAGGGUGGGGUGGGGGGGAGUGGGUGGUGGUACCAGGAUCGGAAUUCUUCCGCUGAACUUUGGGAACCAAUCAAGAGCGCAGCAUGGCAGUCCGUAGUGGCGUGCACAAGGGCGUGUGUUCACUAUUUAAAGCGAAGGCUUUGCGCGGAUUAGCCACAGACGCAUCUUACCUGGAGAGGACAGUGUCACCGCACACCCCAGAAAUCUUUCAAAAUGAGUGACCGAACGCCAGUCAAACAAGAAGUGGAGUCAUUCAACAAGCAAAAGCUGAAGAAGACCAACACGCAAGAAAAAAAUCACCUUCCAACUCAGGAGGAAAUUGAUGCAGAGAAGAAGGGGUUGGAAGAGGCCAAGAAAUGAAGCAAAUUUGCCAUGUUUGCUCAUGUCCAUUCCUGCUCUGACCCGCUCGUCUUCCAGUUAGGAGUCGGCCCAUCUCUUCCACUGUCUCGUGUGCGGCCAUGAUUUCAUGAAAAUGUCGUUCUUGUUCCCCAUUUGGGGAUAAUUUCCCUUGUGUAACCCCCUCCCCAAGUGAAUCGAUGCAUUGGCUGCUUUUCCAUCAUGUCCUUUCCAGGCUGUUGACUGAGUGUUGAAUAGAACAUCUACGUUUAAACAAAAAUGGGAAAAUUAUAAAUGUUGUGAUGAAUGGUAAUCUAACAAAAAAUAAUCCUAACAUCGUGAGUAUGCCUGUAAAUGGUGCCAUUAAAAAAAAUGUAAUGAAAAAAAUUAUUUUUGUUUUGAUAUAAAUCAAUGAAUCAAACAUUC